GCAGUGGCGUCCACAGGAGCUGCAAGUUGGCAAAGCGACUCGUGCAGGAGGGAGUGGACCAGAUCCCGGGAAACCCCCUCGGAGUUGGCAGCCGGGCUGUCUGCGGGGCCGCACGCGAUGGGGUCUCUGGGAGUCGUCGUCGGAGUGUGGAUCGUGAUCCGCGUGGCCGCCUCACAGCGCCUCUUGAGCGGCCAGGUGCUGUGCAGGCGCGGCGAGGCGGGGCCCUGCUACAAGGUGGCCUACCUGGCCGAGGCGUCGCGCCGGGUCGGCUGGAGGGAGGCGCGCAGGGCGUGCGAGGCGGAGGGCGGCGACCUCGCCAGCGUCGAGAGCGCUCACGAGCAGCGCGUCGUCGAGGCGCUGGUGAGCGGCGUCGCUGGGGGGGCUGACGGAGACUUCUGGAUCGGACUGCGGAGAGAGGAUGGGGGCGCGAGGUCACGGCGGGGUGGGGGGCUCGGUGGGGGGCUGGUGGCGGCGUGCGAAGAUCUGUACGCGUGGAGCGAUGGCAGCCGAGCAUCGUACCGGAAGUGGUACGCGGACGAGCCGUCGUGUGGGAGCGAGGUCUGCGUGGUGAUGUAUCACCAGCCCACGGCGGCUGAGGGGUUCGGGGGACCCUACAUGUACACGUGGAACGACGACCGCUGCAACAUGAAGCACAACUUCAUCUGCAAGUACGGCGGCGGCGGAGCAGGGAACGGAACGGCCGCAUCGACGGCGACGACGUCUGCCCCCAACGCCUCCGACAUUGCUCCCACGCCCCUGGCACCCCCAGGGCCUCCUGACCCCAACUUCGCCGCCGACGGAUUUGGUUCCGUGCACCACCUCCUGUUUGUGGCGAUUCCCGCGGUCCCCCUGGCGCUCAUCCUGCUCAUCGCUUCGGGCCUCCUCUGCGCACGCAUCUUCUCGCAGUGGCGCAGGAAAGGGCCUCACCAGAGCCACACGCCGCACCUGGCCAGCCUGUGGCUCUCUCCGGCACGGAGUCCAAGUCCCGACAUCCACGGCGUUAUCCGGGAUCAGGCGACGGCGGCAGCGGCGUCGUUCGGCGCGCCUCCGGACGUCAGCUCGUUCCGUCGCCGCUCCGAGUCUCUGGGUCCCAGCGUUGGAGGUGGCGGUGGUGGUGGCGGUGGUGCUGGUGGUGGUGGCUCCAGCAGCAGCAGCAACAGCAGCAGCAACAGCAGCAGCAGCAGUAUCUCGGGCCGCUAUGACAACAUCAAGUGCGGGGUCAGAGAAACGGCGGUGGUCUGACGAGAGCGUAAACUGUUUAAACGACUGAACAAUUUCACGUUUAUUUAUUUUCAAUUUUGUACUAGGCAAGGCCACACUGAGCUGCUACAUAGCUUGUUUUCUCAGAAGCGACCUGGCCACAAAUGAUAGCUCAACCAAGUGGCUCGUCAUCACGUGGCAUUUCAUAGCGGCCAAAUACGCGGCUAAACGUGUGAUACUCUUCGGGUUUUUCGGUAAAGU